AUGGAGAUGUCUGGAGACAAUGUCUACGUCAAUACUACCUUUAAACCAAAGAACCAGGUCAACACUGGAGGGACAAGUGCUGAGGAAGAGGGUGUCUACGAACAUGUCAAUUGUGGCAAUCCUGAUUUCAGAGACACGGCCGCAGUGAUCCCAAAUGCUGUGGAGAGAGAUCAGCUGAACACCAGUUACACCAACCUGACCACAGAGAGAGACCAGCUACAGACCAGUAACACCAUCCUGACCAGAGAGAGAGACCAGUUACAGACCAGUAACACCAACCUGAACAGAGAGAGAGACCAGCUACAGACCAGUAACACCAACCUGACCAGACAGAGAGACCAGUUACAGACCAGUAACACCAACCUGACCAGACAGAGAGACCAGUUACAGACCAGUAACACCAACCUGACCAGACAGAGAGACCAGUUACAGACCAGUAACACCAACCUGACCAGACAGAGAGACCAGCUACAGACCAGUAACACCAACCUGACCAGACAGAGAGACCAGUUACAGACCAGUAACACCAACCUGACCAGACAGAGAGACCAGCUACAGACCAGUAACACCAUCCUGACCAGAGAGAGAGACCAGUUACAGACCAGUAACACCAACCUGAACAGAGAGAGAGACCAGCUACAGACCAGUAACACCAACCUGACCAGACAGAGAGACCAGUUACAGACCAGUAACACCAACCUGACCAGACAGAGAGACCAGCUACAGACCAGUAACACCAACCUGACCAGAGAGAGAGACCAGCUACAGACCAGUAACACCAACCUGACCAGAGAGAGAGACCAGCUACAGACCAGUAACACCAACCUGACCAGAGAGAGAGAUGACCUUAAGAGGAGACUGUCUGAGGUCACUUCCUGUCCUGCUGGCUGGCUGAAGUUUGGUUGUAGCUGUUACUACGUCUCUACUGAGAGGAAGAACUGGACUGACAGCAGACAGGACUGUAGAGAGAGAGGAGCAGACCUGGUGAUCAUAAACAGCCGAGAGGAACAGGCAUUCCUCAAUAACCUCAACAAGCAAGUUUGGAUCGGUCUGACCGACACAGUAACAGAAGGGACCUGGAUCUGGGUGGAUGGAACUCCACUGAACACACCGUAA